AUGACUGUUCAAGGAGAUUCAGCCUCCAACGCUGGUAGACGGCAAGACCAACACGAGGAGGAGGUCAUGUAUUUGACUGUGCCAGAACGUCCCAAUGCUGCCAAUAAUGAGCGAGUGGCCAAGCAGCUGACUAGUGCCUUUACUAAGAUGAGCCUUGACUUAAAGGGCGGCCCCUCGGCCGGCCUCCAAAGUCAAGAGAGGACGACGGCAAUGACUUUUACAGCAAGGUGGCUCCCACUGUUGAUGGAAAGCUUGUCCAAAUGGGUAGUCUCCCAAGUUUUACAGGAGGUCUGGCAAGGAUGUCACUUCUCAGGAUGUUUGGGAAUGUAG